AUGACAGUGCGUUUCAGUGACUUCGCCGCCAAAUUUCAGCUCGACUCUCAGGGAAGUUCUAGCAGCCCAUUUCGUUACAACGCCAUGGCUCGUGCCCUUCUCUCCGUCGGCAUCAUGAUCUUCCUCGCUGCAAUUCUGGCGCUCUCUUUCGCCCAAGCAACGAGCGCCGAGGCGGCAGGCGUCGUCACAGCAGAAAACGCGGCGAGUUCCGUGCAGCCCAACGAAGUGCCGCGCGAGCAGAGCCACCGCAAGCUCGUUAUGUUUUUCGACGAUGGUAUUUCUACCCCAUGCCGGUCGGAUCUCUUUCGAAAGACGCAAGCCUGCAACGCCCAAAGCAAUCCGGACGCCGUCAAGAAAUGCCUUGAAUCCCUGGCGCCGCUGCGUCGGGACUGCCUUGCUGGAGUGGCUUCGGCGAACCCCACUAACGACGGCCAAACGAUGACUACCAAUGGGGGCCGACGGGGCAAAACUACCAAGGCGGAUUUGUACAAUUGA